AUGAGUAUCUUGGGGCCCAUUCUAGGGUAUCUUGUCUCUGGCCUACCUACGUACUCGACUUUUUGGGUUAGUAGCAUAUGUCCUGAAUUUCUCUUUGGAAGGAAGGUUCCUAUAUCCAUGUUUGUGAAUUUCUACAAUGAUGAACAUAGUUUGGUCAUGAACUAUGAUACGCAAGAAUCAAUAGGAUCUUGGGUGCAACUUGUUUGCUCUUGCACGCGCGCAAACAAAAACCGUCUCACAUGCAGACCAUAUAGUAAUAAUUAUUAUAAGAUAAAUAUUAUGAUUAUUUAAUUUGUGAAUAACAACUAGCCUGGUCCCCCAAACCUAUGGUCGCGUUCACGGUUCAGGUCCCGACCGAGUAGAUUAUUCUCCAACUGUAAGAAAAAAUCGCAACCCUCCAAACCCUAAAAGCUAAAGCGCCCCGUGAACCCCUGUCAUAUUGAGACAAAGCUUUCCCCCGGGCUUCCAUGGUGACUUCCAUCUAUUUAAACAAACGAAAGGCCCCCUAAACCCACGCACCAACGUAACGCGCAGAGAGAGAGAGAGACGAUGGCGAAGAGGCACUUGGCUCUUGCAGUCGCCAUUGCGGCAUUGCUAAUUGUCCUCUCCGCGCCUGUCCAGGCACUGCUCGCGCCGCCUGUUCUCCUCUGCAACAUGACCCAGGCGGGGCUCGAGGCCUGCGAGCUGGCGGUCACUGCCAGGAAGAAGAUCCCCGCCACGCCGCCUCCUGCGUGCUGCGCCGCUCUGGCCGAGGCCGACCUGGCUUGCCUCUGCGCGUUCAAGAGAAACAACCUCAGCCUGCUCAAGUACCUGAAGAUCGACCCCAGGCUCGCCUCCAAGCUGCCCGCCAGGUGCCGCCUCGCCUCCCCGCCUAAGUGUUGAGACCGAGCGACAUGAGAGAGAAUGCAUGAAUUCGAUGGGGAGCGAGGGAGGGAGGGAGGGAGGGAGAGAGAGAGAGAGAGAGAGAGAGAGAGAGAGAGAGAGAGAGAGAGAUAUUUGGGACUCCUUCGAUGGAGAAAGUUAAGCCCAUCACUUUGAAAUCGAAGAACCAUCACACCACUUGGGCAAGCUCUUCCUCCUGAGCAUUAUGAACCUCGAUGCCGAACGAAGAAGAAAACCGGUCAGGGGAAUCAGAGAACGCCGGACCCUUCUGCGUCGUCAACCUAGCCGCCACGAUCACCAAGGACGAACCGAUCCUCGCCUCAGCGGUCGACUUGAUGGGGGAUAUCCUUCUCCGCCCUACUCUUUCCCCAUUAUCCAGCUCCGCCGUCGCCGCCAUUGUCACCACACCCUAACCCCUCCCACUGAAUAACCGAGAGAGAGAGAGAGAACGAGAGAGAAGUCAUUCAACUAAUUACCUGUUAGAGAUUAUUACUGUAAAAAGACGGUCGAUUUUAAGCGGAGCUCAUUUUAGUCCCACAUCGCUAAACUUGGAUAUUCGGCAUCAAGAUUGCCUAUUAAACCGAAACCUGAGCCACCGAACAUCAUACUUACCUGGACGGGGUCUAUGGGUGAUCAACAAGGCCCAUGGCCUAGCCGUGCGGCCUCCAUUGCACUCAGGGGGAGCGCCCGGCUACCAUCUCCCCAAGUGGGAGAGUGGACGUCAUAAUUUGUGCCAGCGGGGGCCUGCGUUCGCGCGGCCCUCACAAAGUCAAACUCAAAAUCUUUAA